AUCAAUCUGAAACUGUGUCUAUAGAGAUGAAGAAGACGGGAAAGAAAACCAAAUCAACGGUGGCAGAUCUUCUGAAAACACCGUCGCCGGUGGCUUCACCGGAGGCGGAUUCUCCUGCGAUUUUCACGAGGACAGCUUCCACCUCCAAGCGAGCGAAGAAAGUUACUCUGGCCACCAGCUCAUCUCCACCUCGCAGUCACAGAGCUCCGAGCAACAUCUCCGACCUCAGAAACUUCACCUCUUCCGGCGUCGACGAUCUCAAGCGUCGCAUCGAUUACUCUCACUCCGAGUUCCUCAAGGAUCUCGAGGCAUCUAACUCACGUCUCCACAAACGCUUCAAGAUGCAGACUCAAGCAUACCAGCAAGUAAUGGAUGAAGCAGAGAAGGAAUACAAAAAGGUUUCUGAACGGAUAACGGAAAGCCGAGAUGCAAUGAAGGCUUCUUACGAAGAAUUCAUGCUGGACGCACAGGCUAGCGCAUCUCGUGCAUGCAAAACUUCUAUCGUUGAGCUUUCGCAGUCGUUUGAGAAGGCUAUUGACUCUCUUCGAAAACGCUAUGGAGUUUCAUCAAAUUAACCAUUUAACUUGGUGGAUGCUUCUUCAGUUGCCCACUGAUUGAUUUAAGGUAAACUUCUACUCUUGGACGUCUUUCAUGGUCUAUGGGAUUGCGAACUGCUCGCUCCGUAUUCAUUCUUCUAGCGUUUAAGCCACAAAUGACAAUUUCCUUGAAUGAUUUUAUGUAUGUUCUGUUGACAAUUGAAAUAUUCACAGGGUUAGCAUUUAUCACAAAUUGUUUUAAGAAUGGAAGAGGAGCAAGCAA